AUGGUGCCCUUCCUCUCUGUCCCCACAGAUGCCCUGAACACACGGAACAGGCAGGUGAUCUGCACCACGCUGAAGGUGCUGCAGCACCUGGUGGUGUCUGGAGACAUGGUGGGAGAGGACCUGGUGCCUUACUACAGACAGAUCCAACCUAUCCUCAACAUCUUCAAGAACAUGAACAGUGAGUCACCUACAUUAUAGAUCGUUACAGUGUUUCUGGCAGUAUGUUUGAGCGGUAGUGCUGAGCGAUUAGUGCUUUUUAUUAGGUCGGUUCGGUUUCGGUUCGAUUAUUAAAAAAUAAUCAAGGAUUUCAGUUUCAUUUUAUUGAUUUUUUUUACAUUAAAUGCACUAUGCAUUAUGUGGGUUGAAUGCUGUAACAACACUGAAUAAAACAAUUAAAGCUGCAGUAUGUACCUUUUUUGGCAACCUGACCAAAUUCACAUAGAAAUAUGAGUUAUAAAUCUGUCAUUGAAAGCAAGUCUAAGAAGCGGUAGAUCGGUUCUACAAUAUGUGCGCUAUUUCUAUGCUUUCCAUUCUUACGUUUUUGCAUCUUUUACUUUCGGUUUUGUAAAGCAGCUUCAAACAGCUGAAAAUACAAUAUAUUCGGUUAUAGAAAUAUAUAUUUCACAGCAGUUUAGAUGGUACAAUGAUUCUCUACACUAUACUUGGUUAUUCUGAACCCUCGACCCUGCAACACCUUUGUCCUACAUUACCUACAGUGUACACCAGCAGUUCCAGACCUCUUUAUGA